GGAGCGGGGGCCGCGCUCAGCCGGGGCCGCCGCCGUCUGCGGAGGGGCCCGGGCGGCGCGGGGUCUGCGGAACGAGGAGUUCGCAGUGUUUCCCGUGCAAGGAGAAGUCCUGGAGCUGGAAUCGCUCACAUAACCCUUGAAGAUGAAGGUAGGCGGCUCCGGCGGGAGCGGGGAUCGCCGCCCUGCUCGCCCGCCGCUCUGGAGAUUUCAUUUUUAAUCGCUCUCCGGCUGGGCACGGCGGCGGUGGGAGAACGCGGGGCUCGGUGCGUGCUGUGAGUGCUCCCCGGCGAGGUGCAGGUGGUUUAAAGCUCUCACCGCCUGCCGGAGCGCUCGGAACAUCCUCAUCGCCUCGGAGUUGUUGUUGUCCUUCGGGCUCCUGUCUUUAAACGCUUCCUGUAUCAGCAGCUGCUAUGGCAACAGAUGAGCCUGCCUACCUGACAGUGGGGACUGAUGUCAGUGCCAAGUACCGAGGUGCCUUCUGUGAGGCAAAGAUUAAGACAGUGAAAAGGCUUGUGAAAGUCAAGGUGGUCUUGAAAGGGGAUAACUCAACUCAGUUAGUGCAAGAUGACCAAGUCAAAGGACCUCUAAGAGUUGGAGCAAUGGUUGAAACCAAAAUGCCUGAUGGAUCUUUUCAGGAAGCAGUUAUCAGCAAGCUGACAGAUGCCAGUUGGUACACUGUAGUUUUUGAUGACGGUGAUGAAAGGACCUUGAGACGAACUUCAUUAUGCUUGAAGGGAGAAAGGCACUUUGCAGAAAGUGAGACACUUGAUCAACUGCCACUAACCAAUCCAGAGCACUUUGGAACCCCAGUUAUUGGGAAGAAAUCUAAUAGAGGGAGAAGAUCUUCUCUUCCUGUUACUGAAGAUGAAAAGGAAGAAGAAAGUAGUGAAGAAGAGGAUGAAGAUAAGAGGCGCCUCAACGAUGAAUUGCUUGGCAAGGUUGUGAGUGUGACUUGUAAUGCAGAGAAGGCAGACUGGUACCCAGCUUUGGUUGUGUCACCGAGCUGCAAUGACGACGUCACGGUGAAAAAGGACCAGUGUUUAGUUCGAUCCUUUGCAGAUUCCAAAUUUUACUCAAUAGCAAGAAAAGACAUUAAGGAACUAGAUCUUCAAAACUUACCAAAAUUGGAGUCCUCUCCUAAAAAAGGGCUACAGGAGGCAAUCACGUUUCUCAGCACCAGGAGUGUUCCUCGGAACUGGAAAAUGGACAUCAGUGAAAUUCUGGAGUCCUCCAGCAGUGAUGAGGAGGAUGGAGCUGCUGCAGAAACUGAUGAAGAGGAACCAAAAAGAGAAGAGAAAACUGAAGAAGUAGCGCCUGAGGAAGAGCUUGAUCCUGAAGAGAGGGACAACUUCCUCCAACAGCUUUACAAGUUUAUGGAAGACAGAGGUACUCCUAUCAAUAAACCACCGGUUCUGGGCUACAAGGACCUUAAUCUCUUCAAACUUUUUAGGCUGGUUUAUCAGCAGGGUGGGUGUGACAAUAUUGAGAGUGGUGCUGUAUGGAAGCAAAUUUAUAUGGACCUUGGCAUUCCUAUUUUGAACUCAGCUGCUUCCUACAAUGUAAAAACUGCUUAUAGAAAGUAUCUUUAUGGUUUCGAAGAGUACUGCCGCUCUGCAAACAUUCAGUUCAGGACCAUCCAUCACAAUGAGCCAAAAGUGAUAGAAGACACACAGAAACACGUGGAACCAAUGGAGGAAAGUGUGAAAGAGGAACAAAAAAUGCCCCCAACAGAAGUUAAAAAAGAAACAGAAGAAAAUUAUUCCAGCAGUGAAAGUGAGAAAGAAGAAAUUGAGCUAAGAUCCCCAAGGGGACGAAGAAGACUUGCCCGUGAUGCAGCCCCUGCUAAAAAAGAUGGUGAGGAGGAUAAAACCCAAGACAAAUUAAAAGACAGUAACAAAGAAAACAAAGAUGUAGAGGAAACACCUGAGAAUGCAGAAAAAAAAGAAAAUGAAACCCCACUAGGGAAGAAAAGCACACCAAAGCAAAAAGAGAAGAAAAUUAAAAAGCAGGAGGAUUCUGAUAAAGAGUCAGAUGAAGAGGAGGAGAGGCAGAGGGACAGGGAAGAAAUUGAGAACAAAGGAGAGUCAGAAGGUGAAGAGGAUGAGGAGGAUACAGAACCCUGCCUGACUGGAACCAAAGUGAAAGUAAAAUAUGGACGUGGAAAGACUCAAAAAAUUUAUGAAGCCAGUAUUAAAAGCACAGAAAUUGAUGAUGGAGAGGUUUUAUAUUUAGUUCAUUACUACGGUUGGAAUGUAAGGUAUGAUGAAUGGGUGAAAGCUGAUCGGAUUAUCUGGCCAGUGGAAAAAGGAGGACCAAAGAGAAAACAGAAGAAAAAAACAAAAAAUAAAGAAGAUGGUGAAAAGGACGAGAAGAAGGACGAGGAGAAACAAAAAUCCAAGCGUGGGCGGCCCCCUCUGAAAUCCACUCUGCCAUCCAACACGUCCUGCAGCCUCUCCAAAACGCCCAGCAGCGAAGCAACACCUCGCAGGCAGACCAGACGUAGCUCAGGAAUGUUUGAUUCUGAUAGAGGAUCAAACGACUCUGGCACAUCUGACAGUGAAGCAGAUGAGUCAUCUGAAAAGAAUUUGAAUGAAGAAUUUUCUCCAGAAACUUCAGAACUGGAAAAAAGUGAAAAACUCCGUGAUGAGAAGCUGGAUGAGGAAAACCCAAAAAUUUCUCACACGCUGAAGGAAAACGACAGGACUCAAGUACAGCCACUAGAAACACUGAAACUGGAAGUUGAGGAAAGUGAACAAAUUGUUCAGAUUUUUGGAAAUAAGACAGAUCAAAUGGAAGAAAUCAAAAGAGAGGUUGAAAAAUCACCUAAAGGAAAAGGGAGAAGGAGCAAGACAAAAGAUCCCUCAUUGGAGAAUGCGAAGAUUGCACCAGGAAGCCAGGAAGAGGUGGCAAAUGAGUCUCUUACAGAGCCUGAAAGAUUAGAUGUGUCUUCCUUGGACUGUAAAGACAUUUCCAGCACUACUGAAAGUGAAACAGAGCCCUCCACAAAAGAUAAGAAACUUUUGAAAAGAAAAACUUUGGAGCAGGCAUCACCCGAGAAGAGAAAUCGGCGAGAGAGCGAGAUGGAAGUGCCAAAUAUUGUAUCUGAAGAGAGGACCAAUGAAUGUAGUGGAGCAGAGGAAUGUAGAGGGCUGAGUGCUGAGGAGUCCCUCAGAGCAGAGCACGAGGAGAUGCCAUCCCUGGUGGCAGAGUCGGUUCCUAAUGCUGCGGAGCUGAGGAGCGACAGCUUCCAGCGGCCGCCCGAGGCCAGCGAGAGCCUUCCCUCCAAAGAGGAGGAUGACACAAUGCCUCAGAUCGGCCCUGAGACCUUGCUGUGCCAUGAAGUUGACCUGGAUGACUUGGAUGAGAAGGAGAAGAGCAGCAGUGAAGACACAACAGCAGAAAAGCCAGACCCCAGUGCUUCCAGCUCAGCCCCCUCUGCCUUAGCCCCCAGUGUCCCCUCAAGCUUCCCGGUGGCCUCUCCUCUGGCCCUGAGCCAGGACGAGUCACGCAGCAUCAAGAGUGAGAGUGACAUGACCAUUGAGGUGGACAGUGUGGCUGAGGAGUCUCAGGAAGGGCUCUGUGAGAGUGAGUCUGCCAAUGGAUUCGAAGCCAGUACCACGUCCAGCAAUUGCAGCAUCGCUGGGCAGGAGAGGGAGAUGGGAGAGAAAGGUCAAAAAAGACCCAGUGACAGCAAUAGUGGAACACUGGCAAAAAAGCAAAAGCGAACUCCAAAGCGAACCAGUGCUGCAGCCAAAAAUGAAAAGAAUGGAACAGGACAAAGCAGUGACAGUGAAGACCUCCCUGUCCUGGACAGUUCCAGUAAAUGUACUCCUGUCAAACACAUCAAUGCAUCCAAAGCACAGAAGAUUUCCCGCUCCCCUGCCAGAGUGAUUUCUCCUCACAUCAAAGAUGGAGAAAAGGACAAGCACAGGGACAAGCACCACCACCAGAAUGCUUCACCCAGAGUGUACAAAUGGAGCUUCCAGCUCAAUGAACUGGACAAUAUGAGCAGCACUGAAAGGAUCUCCUUCCUACAAGAAAAGCUCCAGGAGAUACGAAAAUACUACAUGUCCUUGAAGUCAGAAGUAGCAACCAUAGACAGGAGAAGGAAACGAUUAAAAAAGAAAGACAGAGAAGUGUCCCACACAGGAGCAUCCAUGUCAUCUGCUUCCUCAGACACUGGAAUGAGCCCCUCAUCAUCCUCUCCUCCCCAGAACGUGCUGGCUGUGGAAUGCAGGUGAUAAAAACAUUUCUCUGCCUUGCCAGCAGCUCGCUGCCAUGGACAUAAACCCUGAAAUUCAGCCACAGAAAGCACUCAACUGGUUGGACAUUGCCAAGUAUAUCCUGUACACACUUCCACUGCUGGACUGUACCUGUUCCCCCCUCCUGCCCCCUUCUUUUGUUUAAUUUACUGUUCAGAGAACUUAAGCUCAUUGGUAACUGAAGGUUUGUAGGCACAACGUGACAUCCUUGUCAUUGUGUUUGUUUCUGUUUCUUGUUUGUUUCUUUUCGUUUUGUUUUGUUUUUUUCCUAACACAGAGAAAGGGCACUUAUCAAAUUUGCAAAGUUAUGUCCAAUGAAGCAUUCAGGUGUUCUAGGGUGAUCUUAAAAAAUAAAAAGCAAGUGCACCAAGCAGACAUCAGAAUAUUAUCCAAAAGAACUGAGAAACUGCUGCACUUUCACCGAGCUGUGGGUAACUCUUGGUGAGUAGUUCCUCUUUGUGGAAGCACUUGCUAUACAGAACUGCCAAAGUAUGUGUUCAGCAAUGUGCCCAGUUUUAAAGCUGUAAAUGGGACAAAAUAAAUUGUGAAAGGAAGUGUAGUUGACUGAAAACUACAGUUGUAAUAAGUCUUCCACUUUUUAUAGGAUUUUUGAGCACACAAUUAUGCAAAUGUUUUAAUGUUUAUUAAUGUUUACAGUGGAAUUGUGAAUAGGUUUUCAGUGGACUAUCUUAUCCCUUGACAAAAAUAUUUUGUCUUUUUUCUAUGUAAUUUCAGAGUUUUUAUUUUGUUACAAAAAGACGAAAAAGGAAAUAUAUAACAACAAUGAAGUUAUUUAACAAGAUUUCUAAAGCUGAAAUUUUUGUGUAAAAUAAGGUAUCUUGCAACUUGUUAAAUAUAUUUAUUCAGACAUUGGAUGUUGUAUUUUUAUGUAUUUUUUAAAAUAUUAAUAAAAUUGGAAAAAAAAAAAAUUCUAGGUUAGUUCAGUCUUUGGACAAAACAUCCUUAUCAGUUCUGGCUCUUCAGGAGGAGUUAUCCAGUAGCCAAACCUGUACUUCCAAUGGGUUUGUCUACAUAUCCUCCACCACACAGAUCUGCCAGCAGGCAUCUGGGUUAAAAUCAAACUUUAUUUGGAAACUUUGGCAGUCCUAGUACUUAACCUUGUUUGGAGGAACAAAAUUUAUUGGGUUGCCCUUAAGAUGCUUUGUCACAGGUUCUUGUGUUUGCUGUACUGCCGAAUAAAUUUAUAUCUCCCAAAGUUGAGAUGCACCAAUAAAGUAAAAGUGACUGUGUGUGCUCUGCCUGUGGAUUGUCCCACGGGCAGAUGCAGUUUGUAAAUAACUCUUCCAAGCCCGUGUAUUUAAAGCAGUUUGCAUAUACAUUAUGUAUAAAAAGUGAUUUUUUUAAACAAUUUUUUAUUCAUGUUUGUACAUUGAAAGGGGGCCUGAGCCCCUUUUUCUGUGUUUAAUAUGCUGUAGAGUAAUAACAUAGAUGCUCUAGACUGUAUAUCAGGAUAUUCUGGUUCCACACGGCAGAAGGUCAGGAGGAAACACUAGUGAUGGCGUAGCAUUACUAAAAUUGAUGUUUCUUGAAAUUUCAUUUUACAACAUUUGUCAACUUGUGAUUCCAAUUCCUUCCAUUUUCUCAGAAAAUUAAAGAAAAAGUACUCUUGUAAAUGCACUUUUUCUGUCUUUUCUUAAGCAAAGCAGAGCUAUUUCAAUGUAAGAUAAAUAUGGAGCUCACUAGACAGUGCUAAUAAAGGCCAUGUUUUAAACAUAGGCUUUAUAUUCUAUUUUUAUUUAAGUGAUUGUUCUUGUAAAUGUCUGGACUUUACCCUAAAUAGGAAAGUUAAUCUCCAUAAAUUACUGUAAAGACUUUUUUCAGAGCUAACUUUUACUUGUUAAUCUUCUAAUAGCUAUGAAUAAAAAGCAAUACUCAUUUAAAAGGAA